CCGGCCGGGCUAGUCCUCUCGCCCCGCGCGCCCCCCGCUCCCGCCGGGCCGCGCAAUCGCGGCUAACAGUUUUAUUUCCCCGAAUAAACUUUAUCAAACAAAGCGUGCGUGCCCCGCGCCCUGCAUCUGCUCGCCCAGCUGUUCUCACUGCAGCUGACCUUGUUGUCUCGCUCUAACGCGCGCUUCGCCCCACCCCUAGACAAGGACAGCAAGUAUCGGUGUAAUCGCGGGCCCUUCAAUUCCCAGUGCAUAGCCCAUUCGCAGUUUGUGUUUCGAUGCCGUCGGGCAAACUGAUAAUGAUGAACAAACGUAAACGCGACGAAAACCCCGAGCGCCGUCCUAAGCGCAAGGGAAUUCGUAAGCGCUCUCGCAGUGAGCCGCUGAGGGGAGGAUCUUCAGUGAAUGCUGAGAAAAGGGAAGCCUUGCGUCGUCUCUUUGGAAGAAUCUGCUCCGCUGAGAUAGACGAAAAUCUGCAGCGUGCUGACCGCGAGGACAUGCUGGACGACGAAGAUCUCAUUGGCUGGGUGCCACCUGACAUGGAUCCGGAGCAGCUUGGAUUCCUGGUGUGCGCGCAGGAGACGCUUCGCUUCUUGAACGGGCUGGGCAUUUCUUGCCAGCACCCGGUGUUCAACAAUCUCCGCACCCGUCUGCUCCAGGGGAUAGGCGAGAUAGGUGUUGCCUGAGUAUUGCUGGGCCCCGAGCCCACCCGCAAGUAAAUCUCACCACAAUGGAUCUCUUCGUUUCGGACCACUUCGUUUCGGAUCACUUCCUCGUGUGUUUCUUUAACCCUGUGACCCCGUGACGAUUCUUCUUCAGUGUUGUUUCAAUCUUCCUGUUCGGGAUGCGGCAAAAGCCAGUCAAAAUAAAGACUCUAUACAUAUAUUGUGACGUCUAAAAGCAACAGGUGUCCCGCUCGGGAAUUCUAGUCACUAUCUAGUCAAAUUUUAUGUUAAGAAAUGUAUUCUAUUGAUGUCUAACGAUUGAAUUAAAUCGUCGUA